AUGUCGUUGACCUUAAACCGAUUGCAGGAAGAGAGAAAGCAGUGGCGAAAAGACCAUCCGUUCGGCUUCUAUGCGAAACCGGUUCGCGAUUCAAAGACUGGUGUAGUGGACCUAAAGAAAUGGGAUUGUGGAGUCCCAGGCAAAGAGAAUACCAUAUGGGCUGGCGGAUUGUUCAAGCUAGAUGUCACAUUUCCUGAUGAAUAUCCUACAAAGCCGCCAAAGUGCAAAUUCGUUCCUCCACUAUUCCAUCCCAACGUCUACCCAUCCGGCACUGUUUGCUUGUCGAUCCUGAAUGAAGAGGAAGGUUGGAAGCCAGCAAUCACCAUCAAGUCCAUAUUAAUCGGCAUCCAAGAUCUUCUCAACGACCCUAAUCCGGAUUCUCCUGCUCAAGCCGACGCUUACAACCUAUUCAAGAAGGAUAAGCCUGCCUAUGAGAAGAAGAUCAGGAACGUUGUCAAGGAAAACCCAGCACCCCAUCCUGAUGUGCAGAAGUUUAAGCCAACUGCUUUGCGCAUGGCCAAAGCAGCCCGACAUCGUGGACCUGACUGGAGUGGAAAUUUUAUUGGAAACAAGACCAUCCUUGCACAUGAACGUCUUAGCAUCGUGGGUGUUGGGUCGGGUGCCCAACCUCUCGUCAACGAGGAUGGAAGCAUAGCUCUUGCAGUCAAUGGGGAGAUAUACAAUCACCGCAUUCUGCGAAAACAGCUAAAGGAGCCAUACAACUACAAAACCAACUCCGACUGUGAAGUCAUAAUACCCUUGUAUAUGAAAUAUGGCACCGAAGCUCCUCAGUACCUCGAUGGAAUGUUUUCGUGGGUUUUGUUCGACAAGACUCAAGAUCGUACCGUUGCCGCUAGAGAUCCAGUUGGAAUCACUAGCUUCUUCCUUGGUCGGUCGAGUGAAACGCCUGGAGCUGUCUACUUUGCUUCCGAGCUGAAGUGCCUGCAUCCUGUAUGUGACGUGAUUAUAGCAUUCCCACCAGGUCACGUAUAUGAUUCCCAAACAAAUUCGAUGACGAGAUAUUUUGAUCCUACCUGGUGGGAUCCUAUGAGGGUGCCUUCAACGCCAGUGGAUUAUAAAUUGAUCAGAAAAACACUGGAAAGAUCUGUGUUAAAGCGACUGAUGGCUGAAGUCCCUUAUGGAGUCCUUCUGUCGGGAGGGUUGGACUCGAGCCUGACAGCUUCGAUUGCACAGCGAGAAUCUCUAAGGCAACGAGCUCUCAUGCAAAACCGCGGCAAUGGAUAUAAGACACCAGAUUACAGUGAAAAGCUGGUUGGUAUCGAUGAUGACAACGAGCUCUCUACUGUUACGUUCCUGCCGCAACUGCAUUCAUUCUCAAUUGGUUUGCCAAAUGCGCCUGAUACGAAAGCUGCCAUCGAGGUCGCCGAUUUCCUGGGAACCAAGCAUCAUGCUUUCACAUUCACCGUUGAUGAUGGACUGGACGCGUUGUCAGAUGUCAUCUAUCAUCUGGAGUCAUACGACGUGACCACUGUUCGCGCCUCGACACCGAUGUACCUGCUGAGCCGCAAAAUCAAGGCCAUGGGAGUGAAGAUGGUGCUGAGCGGAGAAGGCAGUGACGAAAUCUUCGGCGGUUACCUAUACUUCCAUGCUGCCCCGAAUAAAGAGGAGUUCCACAAGGAGACAGUUAGAAGGGUCAAGUUCUUACAUACGUCUGAUUGCCUCAGGGCCAACAAAUCCACCUCAGCAUGGGGUUUAGAGGCACGAGUACCCUUUUUGGACAAACAAUUCUUGGAAGUGGCAAUGAAUAUUGACCCUCAGGAGAAGAUGAUCACCAAAGACAGAAUAGAGAAGUACAUACUGCGGAAAGCGUUUGACACAACAGACGAGCCGGAUGUUAAGCCCUACCUUCCAGACAAAAUAUUGUGGAGACAGAAAGAACAAUUCAGCGAUGGCGUUGGCUAUGGCUGGAUCGAUGCCUUGAAAGAACAGGCAGAAAUCAAUGUGACUGACGAGAUGAUGAAGACUCCGAAACCAGAAUGGGGGGAUGAUAUUCCAGACAGCAAAGAAGCGUACUGGUACCGCACAAUAUUCGACCAGCACUUCCCUCCAUACUGUGCGUCGACCGUAGUGCGAUGGACGCCUACAUGGUCCAAGCAGACCGACCCAAGUGGAAGAGCCAUUACCACUCAUGUUGCCAAGUAUGAGGGCAAGGAUUGA